UCCUACGUGCCCCGCACCGUGCCGAGUGCCUUACAAGAAUUAUCCCAUAUGGCCCUCAUAACAGCCCUGGGAGGGAGGUGCUGUUACCCCCAUUUUACAGAUGAGGAAACUGAAGCAAAUGGGUGAAUCACCUUGGCCAAGGUCACACAGAUAGUAAAUGGACUCGAUUUCCCGUGCUGCUCCCCCUGCACCUUCAGCUGCCCCCCAAAGGAGGAGGGCAUGGGUUCCAGGGGACAUCCACGCCAAGCUGUGCAGUGGGCAGCUGGAGGGCUCCGUGACCUUCCAGGACGUGGCCGUGGACUUCACCCCAGAGGAGUGGGGGCGGCUCACCCCUCCUCAGAAGGAGCUGUACCAGGAGGUGAUGCUGGAGAACUACUGGAACCUGGUGUGCCUGGGACUGGCCCUGUCUACACAAGGUGUGAUUGAGCAUCUGGAGAGAGGGGAAGCACCUUGGAUGCUGGAGAGAGAUGUCCCAGGAACCCGUGGCCCAGUUUCAGAAAUAAGGCCUCAAACCAGGGUGUCAGCUCCAGAGCUGAGCCUUUCUGGGGCAGUAUCCCAUCAGAGAUUACCAAAGGAUAGUCCUCCUGUCUCCAAAUCAGGAAAAGUCUGGGAGGGUGAUCCUAGGGUAGAAAGAGAGAAGAGCGAUAAGCCAAAAAAUCUCCAUAAAUGUGAUAAACAUAGGAAGAGCUUUCGACGGAAUACAAACAGAAAAAACAGCCAUCAGGUCUACUCAAAGAAGGUCAUUUACAAGUAUCUCCAACAGGGAAAAUACUCUGAUUACAAUUCAGACCUCAUUCAGCAUCGGAGACUUAAUGCUGCAGCAAAGUCUUAUGAAUGUCAUGAAUGUGGAAAAGCCUUCCGGGGGAGCACGGGGCUUGCUGGACACCAGCGAAUUCACCGAGGAGAGAAACCUUAUGAGUGCAUUGAAUGUGGGAAGGCCUUCCGAUGGAGCACCCAACUUACUGUUCACCAGAGAAUUCACACUGGAGAAAAACCAUAUGAAUGCAAUGAAUGUGGGAAGGCCUUCUAUCGAAGUUCACAGCUUGCUGAACAUCGUCGAAUUCAUACUGGAGAAAAACCUUAUGGAUGUAAUGAAUGUGGGAAGGCCUUCCGCCGGAGCACACAACUGACUGUACAUCAGAGAAUUCAUACUGGAAAGAAGCCUUACGAAUGUAGUGGAUGUGGGAAGACCUUUCACCAGAGAAAGGGACUUACUCAGCAUGAGAUAAUUCAUACUCGAGAUAAAGCUCACAAAUGUAAUGAAUGUGGGAAGGGUUUUCGAAGGAGCUCACAGCUUUCUGAACAUCAGAAAGUUCAUACUGGAGAAAAACCUUAUGGAUGUGAUGAAUGUGGGAAAGCCUUUAGUCGGAGCACACAACUUGCUAUACAUCAGAGAAUUCAUACCGGAGAGAAGCCUUAUGAAUGUAAUGAAUGUGGGAAGACCUUCUGCUGGAGCACACAGCUCACUGUACAUCAGAGAAUUCACACUAGAGAGAAGCUUUUUGAAUGUGAUGAGUGUGGAAAGACUUUCCACCAGAGUGCAUUGCUUACUCGACAUCAGAUCAUUCAUACUGAGGAGAAAUCUUAUGAAUGUUCUGCAUGUGGGAAGUGCUUCCGCCGAAACAUAGAACUUACCCGACAUCAGUCAGUUCACACUGGGGAAAAACCUUAUGAAUGCAAUGAAUGUGGGAAGGCUUUCCGUCUGAGCACGGGACUACAUCUACACCAGAGAAUUCAUACUGGAGAAAAACCUUAUGAAUGUAGUGAAUGUGGGAAAGCCUUCCGCCGGAACACAGAACUUACUCGUCAUCAGAGAGUUCAUACUGGAGAGAAACGUUACGAAUGCAGUGAAUGUGGCAAGGCCUUCAGCCGAAGCACGGGACUUACUGAACACCUGACGAUUCACACAGGAGAGAAACCUUAUCAAUGUAAGGAAUGUGGGAGGGCCUUCCGUCUGAGCAAGCACCUCACUCAGCAUUACAGAACUCACAGUGGAGAGAAGGCUUAUGAAGGGAAAAUCUAGUAAAUACAAUCAGAAGGCAUUCAGCUGGAGUACGCUCUCCUGGAAAUUAGAGAAUUCAUGACACCUGUGAAUUGUUUGGGAAUGGCUGAACAUACUGGUGUGUGCAGUGGUGAACUGUUGUGCACCAAGAAAUGAUGUGUUUGAGGAAUUCAGAGAAACUUGAUAAGAUUGGUAUGAACUGAUUCAGAGUGAAGUAGGCAGAGCCAGAAGACUAGUAUACACUGUGAAUACCAUGAUGCAAAUGGAACUACUCUAAGGAAGUUGAAAUUUGAGUAUUUAUAGUGACUAAGCUCUGUCCCAAAGAACAGAUAAUGAAACAUGCCUUCCUCCUCUUGGCAGAAAGGUGAAGGGUUACAGGGGCAGAAUGUUGUAUAUGUUGUUGGAUUUGAACACUGUAUCUGUUGCUUUUUAUAAAAGAGAGUUCAGUUCUGGGGUAGUUCUGGGAUAUAUCUAGAUAUAACUGAUAGAAAAGCACAGUCUAUCAUAUUUUUUUUUUCAAAAAUAAAUCAGAAA